ACUACCAUGUGCUGUAGGUUUGCUGUUAGGGAGAAAUAGAUGCAUGGUACAUCAGAAUCAUCUCUUUUUUCUAACUGAACACAAGCUGCUGCGAUCUUUUGCUACAGAAUCGCUUCAGCGUGGCGUUGCUUUUCUCUUUACGGCACUCCUGUUUUUAUGGCAGUAAAUCAGAUUACUAGUUAAAGCUGAACUUUUCCUUCGAUUUACUUGGAAUCAAAGAAUGAGGUCUCUUCUCCUCACAUUGUGUUGCUUCUCAGUUAUGCGACUAGAUGCCUCAGAGGUUCUGGAAGCCAGCGGCCAUGUUGGAGGAAAUGUCUCCAUCCAGUGUUUUCGAAACUGGUCUCCAGUCAACAUUUCAGAGCUCCACAGUGUGCAUUUCUGCAAAGAUGUCUGCUCUGUUGAAAACACCAUCAUUCAGAUGGAGAUGACGAGCUCUGCUGUGACAAGGAAUGGGAAAUACAGCAUGGAGCUGGAUAGAGGAGACGGGGUCUUUACUGUGAAAAUAAACCAGCUGAGAAAAGCCGAUGCAGGGAGUUAUCUCUGUGGAAUGAGGAGACUCUUUAAUGUCACGUACCAGGAAGUUAGUCUAAAAGUGGUAGAUGUGUCUUGGUCUCUCAAAGCUUCCAUUGUUCCUGCUGGAUCCCCUCCAUCCCCUAAUGCCACCCAGCAGAUGCAACUAAACACUCCCAGAGGCAGCUUUCCAUCAAGCACCGAAGCAUCUAAAGUGACAGUCAAGCUGACACCUUCAGAGAGGAAGAGAAGACAGAAAGAAGCAAACAACUUUACAGACAUGAUGGUAGUCAUAAUCGUCUCUGGAAGCCUGGCUUUUCUGGUUUGUGCCAUCAUCCCUCUUAUAUUCUACAGACACUGGCGGAUUAUGGCAGGUCAGAACAAACUGACAGCAAACAAAAACAAGGAUGCCUGCUGUCAGGAAAACGUAGAGACUGCUUCCACUCAGGUUUCAGUGGGGGUUCAGAUAUCAGAAGAAGAGGAUCAUCUAGAAUCUGGUGCAGAUGAUAAUCUUCAGUACACUGCGGUUUCCGAGGGUCUGGAUCCCAAAACCCUCGAAUGAACAGGAAUUACUCGGUCUCUGUGCAGCUUUUUAUUGUGAAAGCCGCUCAUUUUAUUUUCAGUAAAAUAAUAAACUCUCUGUGAAUCUCUGUGAAUAUUUCUGUUUUCCACAUGUUGCUGGUAUUGUAGACUUUGCAUAGUGGUAGCUGAGCCAUAGAACCUUUUGAGAACUACACAUAGAAGCAUACUACACAGUACAUAUGUAUAUACUGUAUAUUGCUUGAAAUGAAAGUACCACCAUUACACACUGAUUCAAGCAAGGUUGCUAAAAGGACCAGCAGAGGGCACCACAAGCGUGUGAUAUAAUUUAGCCUAUCUGCUUUAAAAUAUAAUCAAAUAAGAAAUGUAGUUAACUGUGGAACCAUAUAAUUCAAACAGUUAAACAUAACUAUUUAGAAACUUUGACUGCCAUGCCAGGAAAGAUGCUUCUAUCAGAUUCACCAGGUUCUGAAGUUUAAAUCUAACAAAAUAAAUGGAACGUUGACAAUCA